ACCCUCCCCAUCCCAUCACCAACCAGCAAUCCAAUUCCCCACCAGCCCCCUCGCACCCUCCGGCGAACCACCGCACCUCUCCCCGGCGAAGCAGCAGCGUCCGAUGGCCCCCAAGGCGGAGAAGAAGCCGGCGGCCGCGGAGAAGACCCCUGCGGCGGAGAAGACCACGGCGGGGAAGAAGCCCAAGGCCGAGAAGCGGCCGCCGAAGUCCAAGGAGGGCGGCGCCGACAAGAAGAAGAAGAAGGCCAAGAAGAGCGUGGAGACGUACAAGAUCUACAUCUUCAAGGUGCUGAAGCAGGUGCACCCGGACAUCGGCAUCUCCUCCAAGGCCAUGUCCAUCAUGAACUCCUUCAUCAACGACAUCUUCGAGAAGCUCGCCGGCGAGUCCGCCAAGCUGGCCCGCUACAACAAGAAGCCCACCAUCACGUCCAGGGAGAUCCAGACCUCCGUCCGCCUCGUCCUCCCCGGCGAGCUCGCCAAGCACGCCGUCUCCGAGGGCACCAAGGCCGUCACCAAGUUCACCUCCUCUUAGAUAAUCUGUUCUCGUAUCUUCUUGGUCGUUCGAUGGUACUCUGUAAUACUACUCGUUAGCUGUUCGGACCAUGUCGCUGUGUAGCCUCUGCUUGUUGUGUGGCAGCACACUGUUUCAUUAUCUUGUGAAAUAGAAAUGGUGCUUAUUUAUUCUGUCUA